UGUUUUAUUUUAGGUGUGUCUGCUGAUACAGAUGAAACGGAGAUAAUAUCAGUGAUGGAGGGAGAUUCCGUUACUCUACACACUAAUGUUACCGAAAUACACAGAGAUGAUCAGAUAAUCUGGACAUUUAAGCUUAAAAAUUCAGAGAAUCGUCUAGCUAUAAUCUAUAAUCAGAUCCUCUCUAUAUAUGACAGUAAAGAAUAUAAUAAAAUAUUCAGAGACAGACUAAAGAUAGAUGAACAGACAGGAUCUCUGACCAUCACAAACAUCAACAAAUUACACUCUGGACUUUAUAAACUACAGAUCAUGAAUGGAGGGGUGAAACACAAGAGCUUCAGUAUCGCUGUCUAUGGUCUUCUGACUGUUCCAGUCAUCAGUGAUUCUCCCGAAAACCCUUCAGUAUCAGAAAGAUCAUCAAGUCAGAAUUGUUCACUGCUGUGUUCAGUGUUGAAUGUGAGUGAUGUGACUCUCUCCUGGUACAAAGGAAACAGUUUAUUGUCCAGCAUCAGUGUGUCUGAUCUCAGCAUCAGUCUCUCUCUACCUCUGGAGAUUGAGUGUCUGGAUGAUUCCUACAGCUGUGUUGUUGCUUAUUCAUUCACCAACCAGACUAAACACCUCAACAUCACUGAUCGUUGUCAGCCAUGUUCAGAUGGUUCACAUGUGCCUUUCAAAGGUAUAAUUGCUGCUGUGUUUCUGCUUCUGCUGCUAGCGAUCUCAGUUUUAGCUGUGUGGAUAUUCUGUCGCCGCAGGAGCCACAAAGAAGCAUUACAAGAAACUCGUACUACUGUGGAAGAGUUGGAUUAUACUGAUGCAAUAUUUACUACUAACAGAGCUCAGGAUGCGGAGACUAAUGGACAGAAUCAGACAGAGUAUUCAGAGGUGGCUUUCAGAUGAUGAUCAUUCAGACUGUGUUAUUAUACAGCUCAUCUUAUUACAGGCCAGAGUAUAAAGUUAUUGUUUACUACAAAUGAGUGUAUUUCAUCAUACAAUUACUUUUAUUAUUAGAUAUAUAGGUAUUUUUAGAUAUACAUGUAAUCAUUGAGGGGUGCCCAAACUCGGUCUUGGAGGGCCGGUGUCCUGCAGAGUUAAGCUCUAACCCCAA